UGGGGUCCAUAAAACCCUAGUUUUGGUUACUUGGUUGGGAUUUGGAAUAAGUGUUGGUAGGGCAAGUGUGCAGAGAAGAAUUAGGGUUUUGGAUGUAUGGCGUCGGGGCCUAUAGUGGGAGGAGAUGAUGGAGCUAAAGAGAAGCAGAGAUAUGUGGAGAGCAAGGUGUACACGAGGAAAGCAUAUAAAGGACCCAAGAGCAAAGGUAAUGCCUUGCCCGCCGUUGCUCCCAACACUGCUCCAACAACGACAACUGCUAACAAAGAUGACAACAACAACGGCAUGGUCAAGAAUGAUAACGUUGUAGAGACCGAGAAGAAUGAGAACAACGAGUCGGCUCAGCAACCGUCGCAGACUGUAUUGCCCGGGAACGGAAAUUCGGCUCUGCCACAGCUAAAUUCAAGACCCGACGUGGUUUCAGAUGACUCGUCCACCUUAAACCGUCAGCAGAAUGAACCUUCAAGCCUCAACUAUCAGCAGGAUGAGCAUUCGAGCCCCCAUCAUCAGCUGGACGAGCCUUCGAGUUCUAAUCGACAGGAGGAGGCUACUCCCAGUAUUGGGGAGUUGCCGUCAGGAAAUGGUGUUGUAAAGGCAGGAUUGGAUAAUCGAAUCAGGAUAAACUUGUCCUCAAGAUCAAAGCAAGAGAUAUUGGAGCUCAAGAGGAAGCUUGAAAAUGAGCUUGAUACGGUGAGAAGUUUGGUCAGAAAAAUUGACGUGAAACUGGGACAGAUUGGUGAUUAUGGAAAGUCAAACCCGGUGGUGAGUGAUAGGAUUGAUAAUGGCACUGUGGCAAGGCGUGUUCAGUCUGAGGUGGCAUCUGUUGUCCCACGAGAACCUAUCAGGCCUUUGCACCAGUUAAGUUUGUCGGUGCUAGAUAAUAGCCAUGGAACCAGUGAAACUGUUGAGAAGGAGAAGAGAACGCCGAAGGCAAACCAGUUAUAUAGAAAUUCGGAGUUCUUGCUUGGGAAGGAUAAAUUCCCUCCUGCAGAGAGUAAUAAGAAGUCAAAACUGAACGGAAAGAAGCAGGGUGGGGGAGAACUGGGACAUGGUUUUGGAAUGGGAUCAAAAUUUUUCAAAAGCUGUAGUUCAUUGCUUGAGAAAUUGAUGAAGCACAAGCAUGGUUGGGUGUUUAAUGCUCCUGUUGACGUUGAGGGGCUUGGAUUGCAUGAUUAUUUUAGCAUAAUCUCACAUCCAAUGGACCUGGGUACUGUGAAAACUAGGCUUAACAAGAAUUGGUACAAAUCACCCAAGGAAUUUGCAGAGGAUGUGAGACUUACAUUUCACAAUGCUAUGAAAUAUAACCCACCUGGACAAGAUGUUCAUGUAAUGGCAGACCUGCUAUCUAAGAUAUUUGAGGACAGAUGGGCUAUAAUAGAAUCAGAUUACAAUCGUGAGAUAAGAUAUGCAUUGGACUGUAGGACACCUCUACCUGCGCCCUCACCAUUGUCUAGAAAGGCCAUUGCAUUCCCCUCUCUUGAUAUGAGAAGGAUUUUGGAUAGAUCAGAAUCAGUGAUACAAACUCCAAAGUCAGCGCGUGUUACUCCAUCAAGUAGACCUCCUGCUCCAAAGAAGCCGAAGGCAAAGGAUCCUUGUAAAAGAGACAUGACCUAUGAGGAAAAGCAAAAACUUAGUACAAACCUCCAGAGUUUACCUCCGGAGAAGUUAGAUACCAUUGUACAGAUCAUUAAAAAAAGAAAUUCAGCUCUUUCUCAACAUGAUGAUGAGAUUGAAGUGGACAUUGAUAGUGUCGAUGCUGAGACUCUUUGGGAACUUGAUAGAUUUGUGACCAAUUACAAGAAAAGCCUGAGCAAGAACAAGAGGAAGGCUGAACUUUCUAUUCAAAGGGCAGAAUCUGCAAAAAAUGCCCCACAAAAGGCAUCUGAUAUGGUCGAGGUUCCAAAAACAAAUUUAGCAGGUAAUCUAUGUUUAUAA